AUGUCAUCAUACGGUUUACGUCAGUCGCCCAAGCCUUCGAAGAGGUCUGUCGAGGCUGGUGAGAAGCCAUUACGAGGUGCAAAAGUUGAAAGGAAGAGGAAGAGAAAGGUUGAAAUACCAGACGAAGAGGAAGCAUUGAAGGCUGUAUCAAGAGGUGUUGAGAGCAAGGGUUUAGCAAAAGAAAACAAUACUACAACCAACAACAAAUCAAAGGAUAAUUUACCACGGAUCGUACAGGCCGAGACUGCGAGACCAGAGAAGAGGAGAAAGAUCAAAGCCAAGCAGUCAGACGAAGCACCAAAAGCUCUGACUGUCAGGAGGAGCAAACGCACCCAAAAACCACAAAAGCAACCCGACAACACAACCAUACCUGACAACAACACAUCCACCUCGAUAAUAAAACCUCCUCAAAAACUAUCUACUUCCAACCCAAAAAUCCAACACUCUCUCAUCCAAUCCCCAAGACCUCCCCACAAGCAACCACCACCCCCAAACCCCCCACCCCGACCCACUCAGAAAAACCCCCCCAUAAAACCCAUCAACCUCCCCUCCCUCCGCUCCCUAGCCACAAUCCGCGGUCCCCAAAUAACACCCAACGGCCUAGGAAUAGAUCUAAGUCCCUCAACCCUCCCCUCCCCCGAAACACCCCCCAGCAGCAGCGACACCCUUCCACCAGACCCCUACGACUUCCCCACGAAAACCCACGUGGCACGUUUAGAAAAAAAGAAAGCUCGAGGUUUGGUAGUGAGGAAUUACUCCCCCUUUGAUAUUGUUUCCGGGGGAAAACCCCCUGAAAUUUCGGAACGGGAAGAGAAAUUCUGGGAUGAGCAACCGCAGCAUGUGGAACCUUGGAUACAUGAGGAAUUACCGGAUCAGUAUGGGAGGUUGUGGAGGUGUGUUAAGAUGGUUGGGGAGGAAAUUUUUGGAGGAUUUUGGGUGGGAUAG